AACUUGAUGCUGGUCAGAUCCGGAUUCUCGGCUUUUGGUUUGAGUCUAGAACUUUUGAGUCGUACUGUCAGUGGAAAUCUGUGGUUUAUUUUUUGGUUUGUUUGUUUGUGUGCUUAAGUUAUCCUGACGCUGCUGGACGUUAAACCCCCGACUGUCUGGACCGGAACCAGACACAAGACCAUAUCUAGCUCGCGAAGGCAGCUUUCCAGGCGCUAUGAGUGGACAUCCCCGGCGGAUCCGUCUGAAGCCCUGGCUCCUCGCUCAGGUGAACAGUGGCAAGUAUCCUGGUCUCCACUGGCUAAGCCCGGAACACCGACUUUUCCAGAUCCCCUGGAAACACGCGACCCGACACACACCGGCAUCAGACGAAGAAAACACCAUCUUCAAGGCGUGGGCUCUGGAAACAGGGAAAUACCAGGAAGGUGUGGACGAACCCGACCCCGCCAAGUGGAAAGCAAACCUUCGCUGUGCCCUAAACAAGAGCAGAGAGUUCCAGCUGAAAUACGAUGGAACCAAAGACACACCGGUACAGCCGUUCAAGAUCUACGAGGUCUGCGAGCAGCUGGGUAACGCGGAUGGACUUGAUGAGGAGGACGACGAGAUGCCGAAUCUGAUGGAGCUUAGCAUCAACCCCCGGAUCAGUGACCCCCCCUUCAACUCCUUCAACACCAGUUUUUCUUCCAAUGAGAACUUUGUGAUCCCGGUUCCCCUCCUGCCCAACAGCAGUCUCCCUGUAAGCUCUGACCUCCAGGCUCAGCAUCAGAUGCUGGAUCAGGGGAGCUUUGUCCAUGCUGCAGGCCUACCAAGUGGAGUCCAGACCCUGAACCCUCAGUCUGCUUCCACUGCGUCUGCAAACCCUGGUCCAGACCUGAUGGACACCAGCAGCAUAGAAGGCGUGCAGAACCGAGAGGAUCCUCAGAACCACCAGCCCUGCAAGUACGACCUGCUGAGCAGCGUCCCAUUAACAGAUCUGGACCUAAGAUUUCAGUAUCGUGGCCGGCCCAUGGGUUCGCUAACUGUCAGUAACCCUCAGGGCUGUCGUCUCUACUACGGACACCUGGAGCCAACCCCUGAGCAGGUGGACCUUUUUGGACCAAUUUCCCUACAGCAGGUUCUGUUUCCGGGUACAGUGGAAGUCCAAAACCAGAAACAGCGCUUUUACACAGAGGCCCUGUUGGAUGUAAUGGACCGAGGUCUUAUUUUGGAGAUCUUGGAACAGGACAUCUAUGCAGUCCGUCUGUGUCAGUGUAAGGUGUUCUGGUCUGGACCAGGAAUGCCAGAACACGGUCCACCAAAUCCCCUCGAGAGAGAGAAGAAAGUCAAGGUGUUCAGUCUCAACAACUUCCUGCAAGGACUAAUCCUGUUCCAGAAGGGUGAAGCUCCCAACCCCCCACCCUUUGAGAUCCACUUCUGCUUUGGAGAGGAUUGGCCCGAUAAGAAACCCAAAGAGAAAAAACUCAUCAUGGUCCAGGUGGUUCCUGUGGUGGCUCGGAUUCUCACAGAGAUGUUCUCUGGAGAACUUAGCUGGUCCACAGACAGCAUUCGGCUGCAGAUCUCCAACCCUGAUGUGAAGGACCUAACGGUAGAGCAGUUCAAGGAGCUGCAGAAACUCCUGCAGAGUCAACACAUCCAGGGGCCCUGGACACCCGCUGUCCACUGAUCACAGGUGGAUAUUCAAUCACCUCCUUCAGGACUCGAGAUUAGAAGCCAGCGAUGCGACAAUCGUUACGGAUCAAUCAAGACAAACAAAACAGUAUGUGAGAGGAAACAUUUAAAAUGUUUCUUUUUAAUGGUUUCUUUAUGGUUUAUAAAGCAUAAUCAGAAAUUAAAAAGUUGUCCAGUCAUGCGCUGUUUUAAAAGAAGCCGUGUGGACCGAACAGUGUUGAUCAGAUCAUUGAGGACAAAGUGUUUCACAUCAUUUCACUCGUUUGUUUGCAGGAUUUCAAUAAACAUCACAGCAGUA